AUGAAUGGCUCGGCUGGCGCCGGGGCCGAGGACGCGAGUGAGGCGGGCGGCAGGGCCAGCUGGCAGCCCGAGGCCGUUAUCGUGCCCACGCUGUUCGCGCUCAUCUUCUUGGUGGGCGCCGUGGGCAACGCGCUGGUGCUGGCCGUGCUGCUGCGCGGCGGCCAGGCGGUCAGCACCACCAAUCUGUUCAUCCUCAACCUGGGCGUGGCCGACCUGUGUUUCAUCGUGUGCUGCGUGCCCUUCCAGGCCACCAUCUACACCCUGGACGGCUGGGUGUUCGGCUCGCUGCUCUGCAAGGCCGUGCACUUCCUCAUCUUCCUCACCAUGUACGCCAGCAGCUUCACGCUGGCUGCCGUCUCCCUGGACCGGUAUCUGGCCAUCCGCUACCCGCUGCACUCCCGCGAGCUGCGCACGCCUCGCAACGCUCUGGCUGCCAUCGGGCUCAUCUGGGGGCUGUCGCUGCUCUUCUCCGGACCCUACCUGAGUUACUACCGCCAGUCGCAGUUGGCCAACCUGACUGUGUGCCACCCGGCGUGGAGCGCGCCUCGUCGCCGCGCCAUGGACCUCUGCACCUUUGUCUUCAGCUACCUGCUGCCCAUGCUGGUGCUCGGCCUGACCUACGCGCGCACCCUGCGCUACCUCUGGCGCACCGUUGACCCGGUGGCCACCGGCUCCAGCGCCCGGCGCGCCAAGCGCAAGGUGACGCGCAUGAUCAUCACCGUGGCUGCGCUCUUCUGCCUCUGCUGGAUGCCUCACCACGCGCUUAUCCUCUGCGUGUGGUUCGGCCGCUUCCCGCUGACGCCCGCCACCUACGCGCUGCGCAUCCUCUCACACCUGGUCUCCUACGCCAACUCCUGUGUCAACCCCAUCGUCUACGCGCUGGUCUCCAAGCACUUCCGCAAGGGCUUCCGCAAGAUCUGCGCGGGUCUGCUACGCGGUGCCCCCCGUAGAGCCUCAGGCCGCGUGUGCACCUCGGCACCGGGCACCCGCGGCGGCAGCGUGCUGGAGCGCGAGUCCACCGACGUGACGCACGUGAGCGAGGCGGCCCCUGUGCUGACCACACUCAGCAGCCCGGCCUUGAGCCUGGUACCCGGCCCGUCCUGGCGGGACCAAAAUGCCCCCAGUGGCAACCCGACAGUUAAUGCGACCUAA